GACACCGUGUCUGUACAUAGACCUUCUUUUUAUGCUCAGAGGUUUCAAGACUUCAUGGCCAAAACAGUAUUCAGAAAAAUUCCAUCUCUGGACCUGCCUGAAAUCAAAGGCCCACAUCGCAAAUUUAGAAACCUGGUGUCUAGUGUAAUAGCUCUGAAACAUUCCCCGUUGAAACAUAAAGGACCAUCAGUAAGACAGACACGGCUGUCAUCUAGGGACCUAGAACCCUUUAAAGCCGAAUCAGGAAUUGUGUCCAAAUUUGGGUUAUCUUCAUCUGGGAGAGAACUGGCUAGUGAUGUUUCCUGUACGGGUCCAGGGGUUGAGUCAGUUGUAGCAUCCGAUUUUCCAAAGAUCAGAUCAAAUACAGAUCCGGUACCUAAUUCUCGGAGGAACAUACUCCAAGUGAAACCAAGUAUUUCCAAGACUAUCUCUUCAACUCUUCAUAAAAGUGAUGUUGUUAGUGUGUCUCAAGUGACAAUCCACACAGAGUCAUUGGGAAGCGGUCUGUCAGAAACUAGUAGUUCCACCAUAUCUGGCCUUGGUUCAACAAUUAAAACAGUAAGCUGGACACCACCCCACAGUGUUGAAGGUUCAACACCAACACACACAGAAGGUACGCCCUCAUUCACCGAGUCCAGUUCUAGUGGAGAUAUAGCUUGUCCGACAACACCAGUAAGAAGUUUUCCAUACCUGCAGAAGGACUCUUCCCUACAUUUACCUUUGGGAGAAACCCAGAUAGUUCAAGAAGCUGAAGUGGUAAGACAUGAACUCUGGCUUUCUUUAGAAUUUCAAUACAUUUAUUAAAUCUGUCUGUCAUUC